AUGGAAGCGAAUCGAAGUCGUCUGCUGACCACCACUCGUCCUUAUCUUCAGGUUUUUUCCUUAUUUGGACUUACACCCCCACCUGCUUUUUUCACAAGGACAUUGCACAGGCGACGUAGAGGCUACUUGAUAGCAGGAUACAGCUCUUAUCUAAUGGCAAUUCUUCUGGUUGUCAUAUACGAGUGCUAUGCGAAUAUUGUGGCUCUACACCUGGAAUUAGAUCUUUUCCGGGCGGAGGAUUUUAGUCGAGUAAUGGGAAGGACUCAAAAGAUUCUCGUGGUCGCCAUGGCUACUGGUAAUCAACUGAAUAUGCUCCUAAACUUUCAACGACUUCGACGAAUCUUUGAGGAGAUUGCGGAACUGGAGAAGGAUAUUAACAAGGCUUUGAAGGGUUUUAGUGGCCGGAGAUAUUGGUUGAGCUUUCGCUACAGACUGGCUCUAUUUAUUGGACUCUGGAUGGUGUUGAUCGCAGGUCUUACACCUCGCUUUACCCUCGUGGGACUGGGACCCUUUCUCCACUGGGCAAACAAAGUCCUCACCGAGAUCAUCCUAAUAAUGUUGCAAUUCAAAAUUGCCGAGUAUUGCGUGUUCGUUUUUCUGAUUUAUGAACUAAUUCUUCGGCUACGACAUAUCCUCCAGCAAAUCGGUGUAGAACUAGAGGAUUGUAACUGCAGUGAAAGGAUUCAGGAGUUGUGUGUAAUUUUAAAAAGAAAUCAGUUGCUGGUGGGACGAAUCUGGAAAUUGGUGGACGAGAUUGGAACAUAUUUUACCUUUUCCAUGACUCUGCUGUUUGUAUUCAAUGGAUUGAGCAUUUCGCACAUUGUCAACUGGGCUCUUAUAAAAUCUAUCAAUCCCAACGAUUGCUGUCAAUAUAUGCGCAUCGGGGUUUGUUCUUUAUUAUCGAUCAAUGUUUUUCUGGCCUGUUUUUAUACUGAGCUCUGCAUCAAUGCGUACAAUAGCAUCCCACGAACCUUUCUUCAUAUAUAUGGCUUGCCUGCUGCCGAAGAUUAUCCAAUGCUAAAAAUGGGCCUCAGGGAAUACUCCCUGCAAAUGCAACACCUUAAGCUCCGUUUCACCUGUGCCGGAUUAUUCGACAUCAAUCUCAAGUGCUUUGGAGGGAUGGUUGUCACCAUAUUUGGCUAUAUUAUUAUUCUCGUACAAUUUAAAAUACAAGUGUUUGCUCAAACAAAAUAUAUGCAAAGAGCUAAUAUCAGCGAAUUGAAAGUUUAUAACGGUUGA